UCCCUUCUUAGCCUUUGUAAGGAUACUGAAUGAGAUGAGAUUGGGUAAAUUAUCAGAAGAAGCGAUUCGUAUAUUCAAAUCUUUGUCAAGGACACCUAAAGGCGAUACAGAUAUUGAACCCACAGAACUAUACCCACUCCGUCAAGAAGUAGAUGGAUCCAACAAGAGAAGAUUAGAUGAACUCAAGGGCAAAGUAACAGAAUUUAAAGCGAUUGACAGAGGUGAUCCACGCAAAAUUGCUUCUUGCAUUGCACCUACAGUCAUUCAGUUGAAACUCCAUGCUCAAGUUAUGCUGCUUAAAAAUAUUGACUCUGAUCUUGUGAAUGGCUCACUUGGUAUUGUGGUUGGCUUUGUAGGCAGAGGAAACUAUACAAGCAAGAAGAUGUGUGAGAAAUUAAGGACACCUCAACGUCAAAAGGAAGUCAUGAUGUUUUCUGGUCGUACAGAUACUGAACUUGAUAUGGAGGUUCCCUAUCCUAUUGUCAAGUUUGCUGAAGGACGCGAAAUGCUAUUGGAGCAUGAAUCAUGGACUGUUCAAUUACCAGGUAAGAAAAUACAAGAGAUAAUAGACUUAUACAACACACAAAGGUGGUAGAGAAGAAGCUUCGCGGUCACAAAUUCCAUUGAUGUUGGCUUGGGCUAUUUCGAUCCACAAGAGUCAAGGACAAACACUCGACCGUGUUAAGGUAGAUUUAGGUAAAGUGUUUGAAAAGGGUCAAGCUUAUGUGGCUCUUUCUCGAGCUACGAAUUUAGAAAGACUCCAAAUCUUGAAUUUCGAUCCCUCUAAAGUCAUGGCUCACCCGACUGUCACUCGUUUCUACCAAACAUUAAAGACAAUUCAUGCCUAAGAUUUUUAUUUAAAUGCUGGCUAUUUUUAAUACACG